GAGAAAGUAGUUGCUUCACCAACUGAUCAUCGUCUUAGCUCUGAAGGAACACACCGAGGCUCCUCUCAGCCAGGGCGCGAACCAGAAAUGGAGGUCGGAGCGACGGCGGCUACUUCUGAAGGUAAUGGAAAGUCCAUUGCAAUCAACGUUAAGUUCACUGGAAAGUCGAUACCGAUUACUAUUCCCUGCGAUUCUACCGUGAAGGAUCUGAAAUCGCUUCUUCAACCUUUAACCAACGUCCUACCUCGUGGCCAGAAGCUCAUCUUCAAAGGAAAGGUUUUGGCCGAUGAAAUGACAUUGGCGGCGUCGGAGGUGGCUAAUGGAGCGAAGAUGAUGCUCAUGGCUUCUCAGGGACUGCACCAAGGGGGUGGCCCGAUCCUGCGAGAAGCGAAGCCUCGUCCCAGAGAAAGGAGUAUACAAAAUGAAAAUAAAUUGGUUGAUGUUAAGCAGCGUGUCUCUGUAGAUAAAAGCCGGUUGGAAAGAUGGAAGGCCACUGGAGUGAUAGCGUUAUCUGACAGCAAUUUGAAGGCAAUUCCCAAUGAAGUUUGGUCUUGUGAAACUUCAGCGAGAGUACUUGAUUUGAGCCACAACUCUAUUAACCAUGUUCCUUCUCAAGUUGGCUGUCUAAGUUCAAUGCAGAAAUUAUUACUGAAUGUUAAUGAGAUAUCUGAAGAGUCUAUAAGUUGGGACGGAUUAGCGUUUUUGAAGCAUCUAACAGUUUUAUCUCUCUCCCAUAAUCUGUUAACUACUUUGCCUUCUGCACUUGGCAGUCUAACUUCACUAAAGCAACUGCAUGUGGCUAAUAACAAGCUGAUGAGUCUCCCAGAUGAAAUAAGAUUUUUGACCCGACUUGAAGUUUUGAAAGUCAGCAAUAAUAGGAUGAGCAUUGUUCCUUCAACUAUAGGGGAAUGUAGUUCUCUUACAGAGGUGGAUCUGUCAUCAAAUCUUCUGUCGGAGUUGCCCGAGUCUCUAGGUUGUCUGCUCAAUUUGAAGGCUUUGCACCUCAGUCAUAAUGGCCUAAGGUCCCUACCUUGUACAUUAUUUAAGAUGUGCAUCCACCUAUCUACACUCGAUCUCCACAACACAGAAGUCACCAUAGACCUCCUCCGACAGUAUGAAGGAUGGGAAGCUUUUGAUGAACGUCGACGUUUGAAGCACCAGAAACAACUCGAUUUUCGGGUUAUGAGGCAGGCUGAUUUUGAUGAAGGUGCUGAUAAACAUUGAUGCCUCAUUGCUUUUGAAGUAAACAUGUAUGUAACAACUGUCUCGGUUAUUCUUUAAAUUACAGUCGGUUAAAUUAAUGCGACCAUUCUUGGUCCUACCUGAACCAGAAAUUUUCAGGCAACUCAACUACAUUUGUUAUAAUGUGCUGUUUGAAAAAGAUUGUUGGCCAAUUAUUUGGGAUGGCAUGGACCGUCAA